GCAAAGCUCGUGGCAUUUCACAAUGAGCAAAUGUACCUGUGCGCCGGUGCGGUGACGAUGGGGACCGCACCCCGCGAGCACUGCCCACGUGAAGUCUCCUGACGCCCUCUCCUCCACUGUGGGCUGGUGUCUGGGUUGAACCAGUAUUCAGAGAACGACAGCGGAUCCUUAGCUUUCUGUCAGUCCAUUGAUGACUUGAACAAAUGGGCCCUAUUUCUUGUUUCUCCUUUUAUACUUGAAGCAGAACACAUAGCAUUUGUGACGGAGAGCAUUUGGGUACAAGGUGAGAAUUUACAGAGACCGUCUUCUUCAGAAACAGUCGUGAAGUGGUCAGACUAUUGUUUGCCAUUAGCUUGCAGACCUGGGGAUCCUUAUCAGUUAAUUGCCAAAGCGAGUGUGGACAACUUUAGUAAGCUGGGGGUGGCGUUUAUGGAAGACAGACUCCAGAUGACCAAUGGACUGAUACCCCAAAAGAUCGUCUCGGUGCACCUGCAGGACUCGGCUCUGAAGGAACUUAAGGACCAGGCCACAGACAAGCCGGCCCGGAUCCUGCAGCUGAGCCCCGAAGCUUCUUUUGAGGGUAAGCCUGAGCCGGACAUUAUGGAGCACGCUGGCGAAGAAGACCCCACGGUUCUCGGUGCGGAGCCCACCCCGGGAAGAGGCGGUGCCUCCGGGAGCGAGUCUGCUGCGGGGCACGACAGAGAGCUGGGUUCUGUCGAGCUCUGUCACCUCCAUCUGUCUAGUUGCCACGAGUGUUUGGAGCUUGAGAACAGCACUAUCGAAUCCGUCAAGUUUGCAUCUGCAGAGAACAUUCCAGAUCUUCCCUAUGAUCACAGCAGCAGUUUGGAGGGUGUAGCUGAUGCCACUUGCCCAGAGAGAGAAGGGAGGAGAGUCAACACCAUGCGAAAGGCACCCAACAUCCUCAUCUAUGUGGGCUCCGACUCCCAGGAAGCCCUGGGCAGGUUCCAGCAGGUUCGGUCUGUUCUGGCCGACUGCGUGGACACUGAUAGCUACACGCUCUACCAGCUGCCGGGGGAGAGUGCACGCAGAGACCCCUGGUCAGACAACUGUCUGUUGUUGGUCAUCGCCAACAAGGAGUCUGUUCCCGAAGACCUGCAUCAGAAGUUCAUGGCCUAUCUUUCUCAGGGAGGGAAGGUGUUGGGCCUGUCUUCGCCCUUCACGUUUGCUGGCUUCCACAUGAGAAGCAAGGACGCACUGCGGGACACCGUCCAGAACUUGGUUUUCUCCAGGGCUGACCAGAGCCAGGUGAAGCUCAGCAUCCUGAGCAGUGGCUGCAUCUACGACGAGGGCCCCGGGGAGCGGCUCAGCAUGGACAAGCUCCAGGGCUGCCUGGAAAAUGAGGACAAGGACAGGCUGAUUGUGCAAGUGCCUUUUGGAACAUGUGGAGGAGAAGCUGUUCUUUGCCAGGUGCACUUAGAACUACCUCCCAGCUCUUCAGUCGUGCAGAGCCGAGAAGAUUUCGAUCUGCUCAAAUCCAGCAACACGAGAAGAUACGAAGUCCUCAGGGACAUCCUGACCGCCCUCGGCCUGAGCUGUGACAUGAAACAGGUUCCUGCCUUAACGCCCCUUCACUUGCUGUGGGCAGCGGAGGAAAUCCGGGAUCCUCUUAUGCAGUGGCUGGGGAAACAUGUGGAUCUCGAAGGAGUAAUAAAAUCCAGCAAGCUCUCCCUGAGGUUCGUUCCAUCUUACACGUCUGAAAUAGAAGUCACCCCAACUGCAAUACCUGUGGUGACCGACACGGAGGCCUUCUCCUCAGAAAAUUUUAGCUUAGAGAUCUACCGACAAAACUUGCGGACAGAGCAACUUGGAAAAACAAUUCUGUUUGCUGAAGUGACAUCCACCACCAUGAGUCUGCUGGAAGGGUUGAUGUUUGAGAUGCCGCAGGAAAUGGGUUUAAUAGCCAUCGCAGCCCGACAAACAGAGGGCAAAGGGCGCGGAAGGAAUGCAUGGCUGAGUCCCGCGGGAUGUGCUCUUUCUACUCUGCUGGUCUCCAUCCCACUGAGGUCCAAUCUGGGACAGAGGAUCCCGUUCGUCCAGCAUCUGGCGUCCCUGGCGGUCGUGGAGGCGGUCAGGUCCAUUCCUGGGUACCAGGAUAUCAACUUACGAGUGAAGUGGCCCAACGAUAUUUAUUACAGUGACCUCAUGAAGCUUGGUGGAGUUCUGGUUAACUCAACGCUUUUGGGAGAAACAUUUUAUAUACUUAUUGGCUGUGGAUUUAACGUGACCAACAGUAACCCCACCAUAUGCAUCAAUGACCUCAUCACAGAAUAUAAUAAGGAGUACGGGGCGGAACUGAAGCCCUUAAGAGCCGACUGUCUCAUUGCCAGAACCGUGACCGUGCUGGAGAAACUGAUCAGCACGUUUCAGGACGAAGGGCCCGACGGUGUUCUUCCCCUUUACUAUAAAUAUUGGGCACACAGUGCUCAGCAAAUCCGCCUGGGAGGUGAGGAGGGGCCCAAGGUGUGGAUCGUGGGCCUGGACGAUUCCGGGUUCCUUCAGGUCCACCAGGAGGACGGCAAGGUCGUGACUGUGCAUCCGGACGGCAACUCCUUCGACAUGCUCAGAAACCUUAUCGUCCCCAAGCAGCUGUAGUCCCCAGGGGCCUGGCGCGCCGGGCGGCAGGUCGGGCAGCCGCCGCGAAGAGUCGGGACGAGCCCACAGCAAGCAUUCCAGUUCGGGUUCCUCCGCCUUUCCUUGCCCGCGGAUCUGGAGCACUAAUUUAGAGUCACAGGCUGUUUUUUUUUUUCUCUCUCCUAUUAACCUGUUAAUUCUUUCAUUUUGUUCUGUCGGUCGUCAUUUCAUUUGGUGUUGGAAGUUGACCGCGGGUGGAGGGCUGGCAAGUGGCAGGUUUAGUCCAGGGAAAGCCCGACCGUAGGUGUGACCUGCUCUCUCGCUUGGGCUUGGAGGUGUGUUUAUUGCCUCCCCCCACCCACCCUCCAAAAAAGUGUUUAGGUGGAAACAGCAAAGGAAUAAUUCAAAUAUUUUCCCAGUAGUGGAGACCUUUACCCCUAGACUAUUAAAAAACAAAUCGGAAAAAAGCUCGGGGGCCCGGCCAUUGCCGAGUUAGAGGUGUGGUAAUCCUGUUUAUAAGCGCCCAGGGAGGCGUUUUCCUACUGGAACGUACAUUGGCACUUAGUCCUCAUUUUAUUUUUGUGUUAAUGAACAAAAGAGAAGGUCGAGGGCCAAUAACUGUCCAGUGGCUACAGAGAUGCGUCCAGCUGGUACGGUUGCCAUGAUACUGCGGAGGAAAUCAGCUAAUUACCUUGACAUUGAUAUAUGAGCGCGCCUUUCAUAAGUUUAAAUUUACUGCAUAUUCUGAAGUGAUGGGAUCAAGUUCAAGAUGCUUAAAGGGUUGAUUAGGCAUUGCUGGGUGUGGGUGUGGGCGGUUUGCUCUAACAGCUGGAGAUGAAGGCUCCGCUCACCACACACAAGGCAGGAUUUGGAGCCAUUAAGCCUGGUUCAGGCGCAGUUGGAAAUGUGGAGCGUUCCUGCAAGACUGUGCUGCACAGAAUACAGAAGCGCAUGGCAUUCUCUUUGCAAGUCAUCUUUUUUGACCCCCUUUUUCCUGUAUUGCCAAGAAAGAAAAUGUUAUCGAUACGGAAAACCAUCAUUUAAGAGGGAGUCUGUGUGUGUGUGAGAGAGACAGAGAGAAGCUUUAAAAGAUCUUCAAAAUCUGCUCUCCUAAAAGAGUCCAUCGAAGAACAAAAGAAAGGAAGCCUUUUGAUAUGCAUUUGCUAUUUCCAGAUGUACUCCAUGCUUUUUCCAUGUAACUCCUAUCUCUGUUGAACUUGUGAAUCACACAUUACUUUUCAGCCUUAAAAGCCAAUUUUUGCCCACUUUUCUCUCUUCCUGCCAGGCCCAACUGAAAUUAGUGGAAAGAAAACUUGAUGGAGCUCUCAGCUUUGAACAAAAUCCCUUUAUUGUAUACUAGCACCAUCUUUAUCCAGCUCUUAGCCAGCUAGGCUAAUUCCAGAAGCUUGUGGUUUUCAGUACAAAAUCUGUCUACCUUUAGCCAGGCACAGGCAGUCCCAUAGGAAGGGAAAAAAAUAACAUGUUUAGUUAAGUACACCAACCCAAUAUGUGUUUUUUUGGAAAUGCAACUUUUAAAAAGAACUUCAAAAGUAGUUUUUGCAAAUAGGACUUCAAUUAGAAUUAUUUUUCUCAAAAAAAAAAAAAAAUCUCUCUCCUAAAUGCCCACAUCUUCUUUGGGAGUUAGUGACAAGUUUAAAUAAAAGUCCACACCACCCCAAAAUUACAAAAUGGACUCACCCUUGAGAGGGCAUCUGCAAAACAUCAUCAAGAAGAAAGAUCUCGGGCGAAUGUUGCAAGUUUCAUUUCUCAAACUUUGUAAUAUAAGGCAAGUCAUCUCUCAGAGCUGCCAUCAUUACUUUUUGAAUUUCAUUGAAUUUUAUUUAAUGAAAAACAUGCUAUGUUUUGUUUUAAGCUGAAGUCCUAUUCUAGACAGUUCUGCUUUGGGGAAAAAAACGUUAUCAUUUAAUUUCCUUUCUGUAAAUUAAAACUAAUGAAGUGUGGCCACGUCACAGCAGAUAGAGAUGUUGCGGGCGUAGCGCUUUGCCUCUGUGCUUGUACAACUGUUCUUACUUGUGCCGACAUCCAGUUGUCUUAAGGGAGACAAAAUGGACUUAAAGCAGAUGCUGUGUUUUUCAUAAACCUGAUCUUGCCUCCUGUGAACCAAAGACUUUUGUAAUUCGCUUCUAUAGGGCAGCUGAAUAAAAGCAUUUUACUUAGAGCUGUUAGCAUCAGGGAAACCCUCUUGUACACUGCAGUCUCGAUCUCAAGGAACUUUUAAAGUCUUAACAGAAACUGCUGUUCUUCAUCAUCUUUAAAACACGGCCACUAGACUCAGGAUUGGUGUGUGCUUUCAGGACAUUGAAUGGUCUCCCAGUUUAGAGGCUGUGCGCUGAGCACCUACCACAUUAUGUACAAGGCAAAACAUCUUCCCUUCUGGGCUAAGAGCAGAUUUCAGGGGAAGUCUUGGGAACAUGCCCACUAAAAUAGGACAGAGCACUAGCUGGGCUUUCCGUGGCCCCUGCCGGGGCAGUGCCUCUUGGCACUGGGCAGAUCCUGGCUGCGUUCGCAGGGCGUGGGCAGAGUAGGAAGGAUUUGUGUCCAGUGUAAAGCAGUCGGUGGGUUCGCCGCUGCAGCAUGCUCACUUUGCCUGGUGUGAAAAUACGGGGCCUGACGAGGAAGGGGGUAGGUAGGUGCUCAGGUCAGGUGCCCGCCCCGCCCUCCACAUACACACAUAGGGAGGUCACCCACCCUAGAGUCUGAGGACCAGGAGAGCAGCCAGCCUCACCCAAAGUUUCAGGAUGCGAAAGGGAGACAUUUUAGGCUUACGUUCUGCAGAUCUGUUCGCUCUUAACAGGCAGAAAACGGUGAAUCCUUAUUCCUGAGUAAUUACUAUGCAUCUUUGAAAUAAAAGAAAGUGGCAACCUUUGCAUUUUUAGCUUUUCAAAGAACCAUCUCUGGAAAGUCAUUACUUGAAGCCAAUGCCUAUAAAAAGCAAGUCUACCAAAAUAAACUUAAGACUUCCUACACA